AUGUUAACUUACCAGGUGCAGAGCUGGUGGCUACCAGGACGGCGUCUCAAGACGCCUGAGGCGUGGGUCGUGGCGCGGCAAUCUGUGCCGCCCCCAAGUCCCCACUUUAAUCUGUGCCGGCCCGCUGCCGCCACCGCGGGGGUGUCUCGCUGCAUGCCGCGCGCCCUCGCCUGGGCCUGGCUGGCAGCCGCCGCUACGCUCACCCUGGCACGACAGGGACCGGACAGCGAGAACGCGACGCUGGCAGAGGACGGCGCCCGCGGGCGGGUGAAGCGGGCGGGGGUGCCCGAGGCGGCGCUCGCAGACGACGGCCGCAGCCGGCGCGAGGAGCCGCUCUACGUGGAGGAGCCCGCCUGGGUGCUGCUCGACCGGCGCGAGACGCUGGGGCCGGCGCGGCAGGCGGUGGCAGCGGCGGUGCCGAUGCCCGCGGGUGUGGGCGACGCCUUUUGGGUGGCGCGCGGCCGCCGACGGGAGAUGUCCGCCUCCUCCGCCUCCGCCGAGGGGCCCUUCUGGGCGGCGAGGGGCCGCCGCGAGAUGGAGUUCUUCUGGCCCACCAGGGGAAAGCGCGACCAGGAAGAGGUAAUGGUUGAAGGUGCGGGCGAGGAGGAAGACGCCGGCCUGGCGGGCGAGUGGGCGGCGAGUCGCGACCGGCGCGCGGGUCUGCGCAGCUACCUGGCCUCGAAGUCCGGCGGGCAGUUCUUCGUGCCAGCCAGGGGCAAGCGCGGCAGCCCGCACGCUGGAUCGUGGAGAUACAGCGGACACAGAAGGGGAAGACUCAGACAACGCGGAGGACAGGAGCUUCUGGGAGAAGCUGCACGAGAAGGACCAGGCGAGAACCCACCAAUAGCCAGUCGUCGGCAGGAACAACCCAUAUCAUUAUCAGCAAAGGCCUUAGGCGUUUUAUGAACAAAUAAAGAAUGAAAUCUGCAGCAUG